AUGGAUGAUUAUUCGCUGCGCAACGAGUCUUUUCCGGAGUCCGGCCUACCCAUACAGUAUCCCCGGGCCACGACGCUCUUCGCUGCUUCAGCCUGCAUCCUGUUCAUCGUCCUGGGCAUCGCUGGCAACCUGUUGACAAUCGUAGCUCUGGUUCGCUGCAAUAAGCUACGCAACGCCACCACUGCCUUUGUGGUCAGCCUCUGUACCGCGGACCUCCUCUUCUGCGCCCUCAACUUGCCGCCCACUGCAUCCAGGUACAUUCACCACAGCUGGGUGCUCGGCGAGACUUUGUGCAGGUUGUUUCCUUUCUUCUUCUAUGGAAACGUAGCCGCCUCCCUUCUCUCCAUGACGGCGAUCACCAUCAACAGGUACAUCCUCAUCAACCACUACAAGCACUACGAUCGCAUCUACCGGCCUCGGUACGUGGCCCUGAUGAUUGCGCUCUGCUGGCUCUUCAGCUUCAGCCUGCUGGCCCCUACGUUGGCCGGGGCGUGGGGCGAGUUCGGGUACCGCCCUCAGAGCUUCUCGUGUACCAUCCUGCGCAAGGGCGGCCGUAGCCCCAAGAAGUUCCUCUUCGUGCUCGGCUUCCUGCUGCCCUGCCUCAUCAUCGUCAUCAGCUACUCCUGCAUCUUCUACAGGGUGCACAAGAGUCGCAAAAACGUGGAGGCCCACACCCCGGCCACCAACGGCAAGCCUCCAAUCCGGCAGCUCUCCCACCGGCAGGACGAGAUCCGGCUCACCCGGAUGAUGCUCAUCAUCUUCUGCUCCUUCCUACUCUGCUUCCUGCCGCUCAUGGUCGUCAACGUGCUCGAGGACAAGAUCCGCUCCCCCACCGUGCACGUCCUGGCUUCCGUGCUCGCCUGGAUGUCUUCAUGCAUCAACCCGGUCAUCUACGCAGCCAUGAACAGGCAGUACAGGCAGGCCUACGUGCGCCUGUUCUGUGGUGCAAAGCGGCGCCUGGGCACCGCGCACCACUCCAGCUCCAGUGGUGCAAGGUCCAGCCACUCCAAGACCCUCAUGUCGGAGGUGUUCGUCUUCAACUCCACCGCCAACGGGAAGCCGCCGGCCAACGGAGACAGCAAGGAGAACAAGAUCUAG